CCUUGGUUCAUUUACGGGCUCAAUUCAGCGGCGCAUUCGCACUGCCUUGUGCAGGAGGGACAUUUCAGCGAGAGCAUUUUGUUCCUCACCCAUCCGACCCCAGCGGGCCGUCUCCAGCACCAUCUCCCAUGGCUAACGACGGCGUAGAUAAGAGCGAGGAGACCGAGCAUAUGAUCGAGAAGGAUGCGGCCAGGGAGCGCGGCACUGUGCUGGGGGACACCAAGGAGAUUCGAGCCGUCAUCCUCUCCGGAUUUGGGGGUUUAAACAAGCUGAGGGUGGCCAAGAAAGCGAUGCCCGAGCCCCAAGAAGGAGAGGUGAAAAUCCGAGUCAAGGCCUGUGGCUUGAAUUUCAUUGACUUGAUGGUUCGACAAGGCAAUAUAGAAAACCCACCAAAGACACCUUUGGUUCCUGGCUUUGAGUGCUCUGGAAUUGUGGAAGGCUUGGGUGACAACACAGUAGGCUUUGAGAUCGGAGACAGAGUCAUGGCGUUUGUUAAUUACAGUGCCUGGGGUGAAGUGGUCUGCACACCGAUGGAGUUUGUGUACAAGAUCCCAGAUGAGAUGGGCUUUGCAGAAGCAGCAGCUUUCCCCAUGAACUUUGUGACUGCCUACAUGAUGCUGUUCGAAGUGGCUAACCUCCGAGAAGGAAUGUCAGUGCUGCUGCACUCAGCUGGGGGAGGAGUGGGCCAGGCUGUUGCUCAGCUCUGCUCCACCAUUCCAGAUGUGACUGUAUUUGGAACAGCCUCCUCCUUUAAGCAUGAAGCUAUCAAGGAUUCCAUCACUCAUCUCAUUGACCGGAAUGCAGAUUAUGUGCAGGAUGUGAAAAGAAUCUCUCCAGAUGGAGUCGACAUUGUCCUGGAUUGCCUGUGCGGUGAAAAUACUGGAAAGGGUCUUGGGCUCUUGAAACCACUUGGAACAUACAUCCUGUACGGCUCAUCAAAUAUGGUUACCGGAGAAACAAAAAGCUUCUUCAGCUUUGCCAAAUCAUGGUGGCAAGUUGAGAAAGUGAACCCCAUUAAACUCUAUGAAGAGAACAAAGUCAUUGCUGGAUUUUCAUUGCUUAACCUCCUCUUCAAACAAGGUCGGGGAGCCCAGGUGAAAGCAGUGAUGGAUAAGCUCAUAUUGCUGUACAACCAGAAGAAGAUCAAACCCUUGGUGGAUUCAUUAUGGGCCCUGGAGGAGGUAAGGAUGUCAUGUUGUGUAGAUUGUUUGUUAGUGGCUGAGCUGCGAGACAAGCUCUCUCAAAUCAUAGUAACUGAGCACAUGGGUUGA